UUCUGAGGUUAAUUUUAAUUUAGAAGAAAUCUGGGUAUCUUCAGGCCCUAGUAUUAUCUCACGAAUCACGAUUACUCACCUUCUUCCUCCUCGUCUCACCGCCUUUCAUUUCAGUCGCCGCUCUCCUCUCCCUCGCGAUUCUCAGGUGAUAAAAAAGGACGUAGUAUAGAGGAGGUUAAUUUGACAUUCGAGAAAGAAACUAAUAAAAUAAAAUGUCUGAGGAAGGGAGAGUACACCCAGAUUGCAGAAACGCCUCUAAUCCCUACCAUGAGUGCACUGAUUACUGCUUCAAAAUUAUAGCUGAAGCCAAGGCUAGGUUUGAUCAAACUCAAUCAGAAGACCAAAAGGCAAGUAGGGAGUCCAACUUAGGGGCUGCUCACCAGGAGGAACGUUUGAAUGAUGAAAGGCCAGAUUUUGGAGAAAAUUCUGAUGAUGAUGGCGAUCAUACAGACCCUGUCGAAGAGAUCAUGGAAGAGGACUUCCAAAAGUUUACUGGGAAGAAGAAAAGACUCUGGGAAUUGAGGCAGAAGAUGAAUAAAGCUAGAAAAGACAAUCAAACUGACAUUGCAGCAGAAAGGAAACGAAUGGAAGCUCCAACUGAGUCACGGGGCAUUUCUAAACAGAAAUGGCUUGAAGAGAGGAAGAAAAGAAUUGGAAAGCUUUUGGAUGCAAAUGGUUUAGAUAUGAAAAAUGCAUACAUGCUAGAUACCGAAGAGAUGGCAGAGACAAAAUAUAAGAAAUGGGAAAAGGAUCCCGCCCCCUUCGGUUGGGAUGUUUUCAAUCAGAAAACUCUCUACAAUGCAUACAAAAAGCGAACAAAGAACAUCGAGAUUGACUUGGAAGAAUACAAUAGAAUGAAAGAAGCAGAUCCUGAGUUCUACCGUGAAGCUUCGAGUCUGCAAUAUGGAAAGGCGCCGAAGAUCUCCGAGGAUAAGAUAGAUAAGAUGGUAAAGGAACUCAAGGAUCGCGACGAGAAGCGAGGGUCAUUUAGCAGGAGGAGGAGGUUCCAUGACGAGAAGGAUAUUGACUCGAUCAAUGAUCGAAAUGAACAUUUCAACAAAAAGAUAGAGCGUGCCUUUGGUAAAUACACUUUGGAGAUCAAGAACAACCUUGAGCGGGGUACUGCCUUACCUGACUAGUAGGAUGAGUUGAUGUAAUGACUUAUUUCCUGGUCUUUGUCUAGUUUCAACUCUUGUAUGCUAAUAUGUAAAAUGAUAAAAUGUUCGCAUUCAGUUUUAUUUUGGAAUGGCUGUAAUAUUAUCUUCUCAUUCACCAUAAUUGGUACAUGAUGCUACCCACCAAUUUUGGUUUAUUUUCAUUUUUGCAAUUUCCCUAGUAAAAGUUAUGGUUUUCA